ACUCCCAUUCCCCAUUUAUUAAACUUCCCUUGGCCCUUUCCAUUAUUAAAUCCAAUUAAAAAAAGAAGAAAAGUAGAAGAAGAAAUUCCCAAUCUGAAAGAGUAAAUGGAAAACAACCCGCAGCAGAGCGGCGUGCCGGCGGCGGGGUACCCGUCGCAGGCGCCGUACCAGCACCUCCUACAGCAGCAGCAGCAGCAAUUGCAGAUGUUCUGGUCGUACCAGCGGCAGGAGAUCGAGGGGGUGAACGAUUUCAAAAACCACCAGCUGCCCUUGGCGCGGAUCAAAAAAAUCAUGAAGGCCGACGAGGACGUCCGCAUGAUCUCCGCGGAGGCGCCGAUCCUCUUCGCCAAGGCCUGCGAGCUCUUCAUCCUCGAGCUCACCAUCCGCUCCUGGCUCCACGCCGAGGAGAACAAGCGCCGCACCCUCCAGAAGAACGACAUCGCCGCCGCCAUCACGCGCACCGACAUCUUCGACUUCCUCGUCGACAUUGUUCCCAGGGACGAGAUUAAGGAUGACUCCGCCGCGCUCGUUGCCUCCCCUGCUGGAGUCACCGGUGUGCCCUACUUCUAUCCGCCGAUGGGGCAGCCCGUCGAUCCCGCGGUCUACGCGCAGCCGCCGUCCCAGGCGUGGCAGUCGGUGUGGCAGACGGCGCCUGAGGAUGGCUCGUACGGGAGUGGUGGUGGUGCCAGCGGAAACCUCGACGGUUGAGGUUGAAACAAGUGAUGUUGAAGUGGUGAAGUCAGGAAUAUGAUUUUCAUCUAUGAUUGGGGCUUGAAUUCUUGGUGAGGAUAAGGUGAAAGAAGAUGUAUUGUUGGUUUUAGGAAUUUGUAUAAAACUUGAUAUCUUGCCUACUAAUGCCAUCAAAAAGCAUGUGCAGAAUGUUUCCCGUGAUUUUCAUCAAUACACUGAGCUGAUUCUUAAA